UUCUGCUGUGCUAGAUCCUUCAGAUCCAAGGUGCUGCCGGGGCAAGGAGGAUAACGCAGGCUGCCAGCUGGCUGUUGGAGUGCCUGGGCACACUGCGGGAUACAGGGGACAUGCCAGGGCUGCUGGCUGCUUUCCAGGACUUUUCCAAGGCUUUGCUUCUGCUGAGCAACCUGACAGCACAGCACCUCGAGGAACUCCGAGAUUCUCCUCGGCGGACCAGCUUGGCCCAGACUUUGCAGCUCCUUCACAAGUGCGUUCCUUUGCUCCACGAAUCCAAGCACAGCCACCUUAAAUGCUCCUGGGCUCAACAAGUCAACUUCUCCAAAAACGAUGCUUUCCAGCUGAUGGAGAGGACCAUCCAGGAGCUUGUUUCCUUGCUUGUUAACAGCACAGGCAGCGAGGAGCUUCAGGACGGACACGGGACCUUCUCCCAUCAUGUGCAGAGGCUGCUGGCUCUCCCCAACCACCCAGACCCAGUGCACCUCUCUGACAGCGAGUUCAGCACUCACGUGGAAGCAAUAGUUUUCUACUGCAUGCUUCUAGCAGAGAUGUGCAGGGCAGAUCUGAAGCAGGAUCUGGUAAAACGUUGCUAUGUUCUCCUACGGCUCAGAAAGAGCAUCUGCUGCCACAUAAGUCAGCAGGAAGGACAGACAAGGCCAAGCUGGGGAGAAAGCAGCCUGCGGGAGAAAUGCCACACCAUGGGAAAGGAGGUGGAGGACCUUGACAAGGCUGUGCUCAAAGCUACUCUGCACCAAAUCCUCAACACCUUCUCCGAGGCCAAGGAGCCCUUAAGGCAGUUAGUACAGGAAGCUCUUACCCUUGCAGGUACAGGGUGUUUUCCAGCAGGGCAGGGAGGAUUACUGAAGAAGCUUCAGCCCCUCACUGCCACCUUUUUUGCACACGCCCAGCAGAUGCUCAGAGUGGCAGACUUUGUCCUGGCCAGGUGCACCAAAACCCAAACUGCUAGAGAAAUCCACGACUGUUUAGAGUACUUAAAGAGCCUCCUUGCCAGUCUCCCUCCAGCACUCACAGAAAUGAGCAGAAACCCAACCCACAUGAGCACUGCUCAGCACCUGCAAUCCUUGUACCACGCGUGGGCUGGGACAACAGAAAGCCUCUUGCAGUGUUUCGAAGAGACAGUCAGCAUGCAUGAAUUCCUGAAGCUGUCCAUCCAGGAAAUGGCCGAGCACAAGGAAUGGUGUGACAAGGCCCUGCAAAGUCAGGACCCCGAAAGGCUCUCUAGCCAUGCUGCCAGCCUCACCAGUUGGGCUCGGUGGGUUGCUGGAGCUGCUGCCAGGUAUGUGGAUAGAGCAACAGACCCCAUUUUCAGGAACGGCUUGCUGGUUUGGAUUGAGCAGCUGGCCACGUCCAUUCUUGAGCUGAAAGCAGCCACGGCCCUUUGCACGGAGAGAUGCUCCUGUCUCCAAACUAGGGAUGUCUUUUCAAGGACGGCGAGCUGCCUGAUGGAUACUGCUCACUGCAUUCAGGAUGGGCUGGAUGGGUCCAACCACCCAGAUAUCCUCAGCCCUCUCCGGGAACAAAUACGGAGAGCUGACGUUGCGAAGGAGCUUGAACUCAGCUCAUCCUGUGCUGGGUUAAGAAACAUUAUCGGUCAAGCUAAAUUGCAAGGAGAUGUCUUAAGUCCACAAGCAGGUAACUCACACCCAGAUGUUGUUCCAAGGGAAGGAGAAAUGCACCCUGUCGUUACAGCACUCCUUGCAGCUACCAGAGCCCGUGAUACAGCAGCAGUGAAUGCUGCCUGCUCCGCCUUGCUCCAAGUCUCUAACUGCUGUAUCAAUGCAGCAAAGGAAGCACUGCCUGUUGCUGCCUCUCCCCACACGGAGACACUGGGGCAGUACCAGAAGAUUAUCCUACUGACACCGUGUGUUAUUAGCUUGGCCAGGGAAGCAGCCCCAGGGCAGCUCCAACAUCAAGGCAGACUGCUCCAAACUGCACUUUCCCUAUCAGAAACCAUCUGUGAGACCAAAGAGUGCCUGGCAGCCAUGGCAGGCUCUUGGUACAGUCUGUCUCAACAAGUGCUUGGUUUUAUCUUGGCUGCUGACUUUACUAGCAGCAAACAGGCUUUGGACGAGACCAUGAUGGUUUUAGCAGGAGCGGUUCAGAUAGCAGAGGACAUUGCAAGCAUGGCCUGUGAUAAGCAGAACCCAAUUUGUCCUGAGGACUGGGAAAACUUUCUACAGGUCCAAGCCAAAUUUUCACAUGCACAGAUGAACACCAAAGUGUUACUUGAGAAAGCAAUGUCCUUCAAGGGCCCCUGCAAGGUGGGAGAGGCCAGCCUGGAGCUGCACUGUGUCCACUGGGCUAUCAGCAUGCAUGUGCUCCUGGGUGCUGUGGAUCAGCUCAUAGGCAGAGACAUCCUGUUCCUGAGGGAGCUAACAAGUGCCACGGACAACAGGCUUUGUUCGCAGAGCCUCUUGGCUGCUGUGUCUGAGAUUUCCCUGAGGCUGCAGGAAGCUGCCCGGCUCUCUUACUUCACUUGCCCUGAAGACCGCGGCCGCAGUGAAAUCCUCACCCUCAGGGAAGAGAUAAAGGUGCUAACGGAAGCCCUGCUGGAUGCCUCCAAUACCCUGUUGGUCUCUCCUCUGCCUUCUGCCAGCCUGUACAUUCGCUUUGAGCUCCUGCAGAGAGACUUGGCCCUCAGGGCCAAAGCAUUACUGCUCCACCUGGAGAAGGCCAACACCAAACACCUACAAGUCAUCCGAGAUGUGGUUGGACCAGCCUUGUCUUUCUUCCCCGAAGAGUGCAGGGAAGUGAGCCAAAAAGCUUUCAAAGAGAAAGCGGGUCAGCUAUUGGCCAACAUUCAGUGGGUCAAAGCCACCCUCCAACGUGUCCUGGAGACAACCGCUCAACUGCAGUCACGGGCAGACCUGCUCUCUGUUGCAGACCACCUCCUGGUCCUCACAGCUGAUGCAGUGGACAGUGCCAGCCAGCUCUUCCAAAGCCACCAGGACAAAAGGCACCUCCACCUAGACAGCAUUGUCUGGUACUGGUCAGCUAAAGCACACUACCUGGCCACGCAGCUUCAGGCUGUCCAUGGCAUCAACGGACACAUCCUGGAACUCGUGAGACAGCACCUGCAAAACGUGGGGGACCAGUGCUCUCCAAAAGAAUGCAGCAGCACAGCCAAGCUCUCCCCAGCCCGAGAGCUCGAGGCUCUGAGGCCCACCAAAUCAGCAGAAACUUGCCUGAGCAGGAGUGGACAAGCAAGCAGAGCUGUCAGAGAGGCACACGAAAUGCAAGGGAACGGUCCUCUCAGUACCUUCUUUGGAAGCAGCCCUGGGAAGCAAGAGAGAGAAGACAGUGAGAGAAUGCAGGGAGAUGCCAGCAGGAUGUCCCAGAUGACCAAGGACAUGGCAGUAAGGAUGCUUCACAUGACUCAGUUCCUGAGGAAGAAGGGCCCCAUCACGAGCAAGGAGCAGCUUGUUGCCUAUGCUAGGCAAAUAGCUUCUGAUGGGCAGGCAUUUGUUGCAUUCGGCCGCGUCGUUGCAAAGAUGUGCCUGGACCAGAGAUGUUCUGCAGAGCUGCUGUGUGCCGCAGAGCAGACCCACACCAUCAGCAGCCAGCUCGCCAUCGUGGCCAGGGUAAAAGCAGUCACUGCUGAGAGCAAGUCCUCUUCUGAGCUGCUCGUGAGCAACGCGCAGAACCUAAUUCAAGCAGUUUUACAUGUUCUGAAGGCAACCGAGGCAGCGUGCAUCAAAGGCCUGCGACAGCCUGCUCCUGACUCUGAAGAAGCAGCAGCAGCUGCUUUUUGCACCGAGUGGAGGACAAACCUGUUGUGGCACAGAGCCGAGCAACGCUUGAACUCAGACAGGGAUGAAUUAGGCCUCCGCAAGACUCAGGCUGAGCCCACGCUCACAGCCAUGGUGCAAGGACAGUCGCCUCCGAGCGGCGGUACCUCCAGGUGUCCCAAAUCUAUUAAAGGACUGUAUCCAACUAUGGGCAGCCACCUCUAGCAACAGGAAGGCAUUGCUCUGCUGCUGACGAGCUGCCCGACCUUGCAGAUGUGAGACAGCUGGGGCUCUGCGGCAGCGAGGCUUCUGAAAUGCUGAUGAAUGGAAGACGCCGUUUCAUGAGGUCCCUUCAGUGCAUCAAGAAGUGCCAGUUUUUGUGCUCUCCAGAUGCAAGCAGGAGGAUGCAGGAACAAGCUUGUAGCAGCAGCAGCAGCGAACGUGGCUGGUAGGAUCAGAGAGUGUUCUCAUCUGUACCAGAAAGCCUCAGAGCUGAGCUGUCUUCCUCAGGGCCCUAUCACACCCCUCUUCAUCCAGCAGUAUUGCACGAUGCUAACAGACACCAGCCCACCAAGGGGAGCUGCAGGACAUUCUCAGCAACCAUCACCUUUUCUUCAACAGUAACAAGACCCACGGUACUACAAAACCCUGAGCAAAGAACUGAAUGAGGACGACUAAGGAACGUGGCCGCUGACUUCUGAAAUGCAAAGGAGGCCUGUGAUUAAACGUUCUGCACUUUGCAAUAAUAAAUUCACUUUUACUGUGAAGGAUUCAUAUUCUUUCCCUUGCGGCAGAAAAAUAUUUAAGCAGGCUACAUUUGGAAGCUAGAAACCUCGUUAAUAGUCUUCUUAUCAUGGGGCAGCAACAGCAGGUGCUGAUCUAGGAACGCUCGUCUUCCUGAAUUGCAGAGAUCAUUCUUCACUAGUCCAGGGCCACAGGAGCAUUUUGUCACACCUGCUGUCCCUGAUUCAGCAGAUCCUACAGCCUGAAAUAAACCUUUCCUCCAGAACUCCAGGGCACGCCAUCACAGUAAAACAUUCAGUGCUGAUGCUCACCCACCUUGCAA